UCCCGUUAUUUACACAUCAAAUGCUAGAAAAGAUAUAAAAAGGGUUCCAUUUCACCGUCAGCCAUGCUUUACUCAUCUGACAAUUUGCAUCUUGUUCAUCAUUCAUUCUUUUCUCCAUCUUUUUCAUCAGAUCAAAAAUGUACUUUUACCAUUAACAGCUUAAUUCCUAGAAAAAAAAGAACACAGAUAUAUUUUCUAAAAAAACAUUGUGCUCCACCUCCUUUUUCUCCUUUUUCAAUUUGACCAACUUGAUUCGUCAGUGCACACCGAUCUACAUAUCUAACUUCGAUGAUUGUGGAUCAUCUUCUUACCAGGAGCGCUGUCCGAUCCAUUGGGUUGUUACUCGCUGCUAUAGUACCUCUCGCCACUGGUUACUUUCUCUAUGUGCUUGCCUAUAAGGAAACGCCUGUCGAUACUCUUGUUCACAAUGUCCCCGUCUUCUUUCGGAUCCUACAAUCCAACACUUCCACUAUAGCUGAAUUACCCACUAUUGCCUCCAACGUAUUAUCGCAAUCAUCCUCACCCUCAUCAUUGACAGCAGCAGCAGCAGCCACAUCUAUGGCCGCUAGCUCCCGAUCUUUUGGUGUUGUAUCUGCGUCAGCAGCAUGUUCAGAUAGUCCCAAUAGUGAAAUCUUGGCUAUUUUGUCAGAAGCCGACAAAGUGCAUCUAUCGCCUGCCACCAUCAAUACAUUGUUAGCACUGGCAUCGUUUUUGGAGAGCCACGGAUGGUGGCAUCAUGCUCUGACUAACGUUCCAGGUUAUCACUAUACUAUCAAUGCUCUGGGACCCCUCCGAGCUCGUGUAGAACCUCUCCUGCAACAUCCCAUUGUUGCAUCCUACAUAGCAUCACAUCAGGCGCUUGCAUGGGUAGUUUCAUUGUUUCAUAUCUGGCUGGCAACCGAAAUUCUGUUCUACAUUCAUUUCUGGACAAGACUAGCACAGGCCCAGGAGAUAGAUCGAUAUGGGAAGGGGCCCAAGACUCGACGAGAACGCAAGGAAUUAUUUCAGAGAUGUCUCGAGACCAUCGCUGAAGGGGAUGGAGCCAAGACAUGGGUUGAGACCUGGUUUGAUACUGGCCGAACAGCCCGACCUGCCAAGUUUGAAGAGAUCGGACGAUCCAAUAUGAUGCAAUGGCUUGCAUGGGCAUAUUGGGCAGCACCAAUUGAAGAGGUCUUCAAUUCUCCUACAGACAUAAUGGAUCUGAAUGAAAUGGUCGAUAGUCUCGAGAGCUCCAAGGGCAUCAAGUUCUCUGACGGUCAUAACCCGGAAGUAGAAUGCAUCCGUCUCGCAUUCGAUCCAGUCGUUGCUUCACACCGCCCGCUUAUUUAUUAUGCCUUGGUCUGGACUGCGAAUGCCAUCGCUAGCCUUGUCUUCUAUCUAUUAGGAUUUAUUCGCUUUGAAGGCACGUCGUAUCGUGCACAUCUAUUUAAAAAUAGUUUCGAUAAAGUAGCUGGUAACAAGGAUAAUAUGAAUAUCAAUCCUGCGACUGAUCUUACUUACUGGCAUCGAUCGCCAGCAGAUCCCAAGAACAAGAUCCCUUUGGUUUUUAUUCAUGGCAUCGGCAUCGGUCUAGCGCAAUAUAUUCACUGGGUGAUUGCUCUCUCCACAAUUUCGCGUCCAGUGAUCCUAAUUGAGGUUCCCUAUGUCUCUAACAAAUUAUUCAGAAGCGAGUGCAUGACACCAGAUGAAACCUAUUUUGCAAUUGCAAGGAUCUUGAAGACUCAUGAAUACCCCAAGGCCACGUUCAUGGGCCAUUCUCUUGGAACCAUGCUCUGUGCUGCAGUCAUGCGUGCUAGUCCUGCGAAUUCUUCUAAAUCCAUUGUGCAUGGCUUGGUUCUGGCGGACCCCAUCUGCUUUUUGACACAUCAUUCGAUUGCCCGUAAUUUUGCUUACCGGAUUCCAUCGACCGCAGCUGAAUUGAUCAUGGAUCUGUUUGCAGCUCGGGAAAUAGGUACAUCUUGGUAUAUCAUGCGUCGGUUCUGUUGGGAUCAGUGUAUUAUAUUCCCUGUGCUCUGGAGGCGCAGAGCAAGCAUCAAAUGUGGACGUGAGACAGUAUUGUCGUUACAAGGAAGAUACUCGCCCGUUUUGCCAAAAAUGACUCGGGUUUUCUUGUCGAGAAAGGACAAUCUGCUAAACAUGGAUAUGAUUGCAGAGUAUCUGAGGAAAAGUGUCGGAUUGAGAGAAGACAAGCAAGAGCUUCAUAUAAUGGAGGAUAUGGAUCACGCGCAGUUCUUGCUUCGACCAACAUGGUUCUUUAAGGUUCUUAAGGCAGCACAAGAAUGUUAA